GAAUCAUGAUGAUAACUGUCACAGUGUCAGUAAUGUCAGUGUCAUUAGAAUAGAAUGGUUGAAGACACAAAAUGAGACAUGCUUGUCUGAGGCUGAAGCUUGAAAUUGAAAUCAUCUGACUGAGUCAAAACAUGUGCAGACCAUGUUAACAGAUAGGAUGGGUUGAAUACCUCACCUGGUGUGGAUAGGACGCCUUCAGAAAGAGACUGUAACAAAAGCUACCUCAAAUAAUUUAUUAUAUAAAAGACACACAGCCAAACUAAACAUAACAAGAGUUAACAAUUAUAAAAUUUCUCUAGCCGACACCUCAUAUGGUCGGCUUAUAAUUGUUUCUCUGCUUUCGAAACCUGUGUUAAAAUGAAAACUACAAGCUCUGGACAUUAAGCAUUAUUUAUAUAAAGCCAGCCACUCAGCCUAUUCGUUGUGGUUUCAAGAUCCACCCCACAGCGGCCUAACACACUGAUAUUUUAACAUAUUGAACACACAGGAGUGCCUUCACCUUUGAUACUCUACUGAAUUAUUUGCAUUUUUCGCAAGACACCUUUUUAAAUUCGUCAUCAGAAAAAAAGUCAACUCAUUGCAAGCUCUAGUGACUGGGAACUUCAGCUCAACUGCCUUUACAUUUCAUCCUCAAUAUGCAAUUGUAACAACUUAUCCCAAAGAUCUUCCAGUUGAUAUUCUGCCUCUGCCGGUGUUGAACCUUCACUCUUCAUCAUCAUUUCGUCCAGUGUCACAUUUAAAAACCAGUUUUUAAGGAUAACCUAAGAAACAUUUUGUUUAUUUUAUCAUGGUCAUUUGUUUACAUAUCUCUAUGAUUGUGUUUCAAUGUUGCCACAUGAAAGGCCUGGAAAUAUAAAUGCUGAUGUUAAUCUAAGCUACUUCCACCUCUCACACUUGCAUCUUCUAAUAAAGCCCAGCAUUGUGUGUGUAUGUGUGAAUCUGAAUUAUCCACUUCUGCUGUUUAAGGAAAUGCUAGAGUUAUCCUCAGUCAGAAAUCUCCUAAAUUUAUUUCACAGUUUAUAAUUGACUGAAAACAUGGAGAUUAAUUUGCCAGAUAAAAACCCUUUGAUGUGGACUAUUAGUGUGUUUUAAGGAUUAUUGAAAGUCUCUGGCGUGUUAGUGGAGCAGGCAGAUACUACACAUUUGGUCCAUGUGUUGUGAUGAACCAAGGCCUGGCCAUGUCGUUGUCCCGUGUACGUCUUGAGGCUGGUAUGUGCGUGACAUGUGGCCAACUGCACGAAGCACAUGGAACGCACUUGUAUGACUAUCACCAACAGGUGGAUGAAGAUCUUAUGUGCCAAAUAUGUCUUCAGCCAUUAGUCACUCCUGUUGACACUCAGUGUGGGCACACUUUCUGCAGUCGGUGCAUCCACAACUAUUUAGUCCUGCAGCAGCAGUGUCCAGUGGAUAGAAAAGCACUAACACUUUCAGAUUGUCAGCCAUCCAGUAUCCUGGUUCGAAGGUUACUGGAUAAGUUACUAGUGGUUUGUCCCAAUGUGGAUUAUUGCGAAGAAGUGCUGACAAGAUGUGAGCUUGAAGCCCAUCUUUUACAUAGAUGUCGUGGUGCUGUGACCCGGUGUAUCAAAUCCAGUUUGGGAUGCUCAUUUCAAGGGCCCAGGAGUGCCUUACAGUCUCACCUAUGGGAGUGUCCCUACAGAGAUCAAAAUGCAGGUAAAAACCCAGUGACAGAAGGAGAAGUCUCCACAAUAGAAGUACAGAGGAAAUUAGGUGAAAAUCUUGGCAUUGCAGUUGUUGGAGGGUGUGACACGCCUUUGGUGUGUACUGUUAUACAAGAAGUAUUUGCUGAUGGCUCUGUCUCUCAUGAUGGUCGUCUUAUAGCUGGAGACCAAAUACUGGAGGUAAAUGGUGAAGAUUUGACGCAGGCCACCCAUCACCAGGCUGUAGCUAUCCUGGCUCAGUUUUUCCCAGUCUGUCGCCUGACUGUAUAUAGAGAGAGGGCCGAAGAGAGUAGACCUAUAGAGAAGGAAGAAAUAUUAAAAAUCACAUUGAACAAGCUGAAAGGGAGACAACUGGGAAUUAAGUUGGUAGGAAAAAGAAAUGGUCCUGGUGUUUACAUUCUGACUUUGAUACCUGGCUCAUUGGCAUUUUGUGAUGGUAGACUUAAAAUGGAUGACAGAGUUCUGGAGAUAAAUGGCCAAGAUGUGUCUUAUGGGACUCAGGAGCAAGCAGCAUCCAUAAUUGUGUCCAGCCCUUCGCGUGUUCAAUUUGUUAUAGCCAGGCGCUCCAGGCCCCAGACCCCAGAUAUUAUUAGGUCAGCUGCUGAGCACAGUAAAUACUCAGUUUUUUCUGAUGACCAUGAGAAGCCAGAGUCUCCACUUACAUUAACAUGUAAAGAGAAAAUUGUUACAAUUAAUAAGGACCCUUGUGAGACACUGGGAAUCAGUAUAGCAGGAGGUGUGUCUAGUCAUCGUGGUGAUACUCCUGUUUACAUUACCAAUAUCAACCCAGAUGGGUGCGUGGGGCGUACAAAUGUUUUAAAGAAAGGAGAUGUCUUGGUGUCCAUUAAUAACACAAGUCUUCUCAACCUCACACACCUGGAGAGUGUCAAGCAAAUCAGGCAGAGUUCUGAGGUCAAGGUGCUGACACUCAGGGUCAUUGACUGCCGAGAGACAUCACAGGGGGAUCAUAACUUCACUCCUUCAUGGAUCUACUGGCUUCAGAUGCCUCAGAUGUUACGAACAGUCAAGACCAUCACAUUGCUCAGGUCUCCUUCAGGAAGUUUGGGUUUCUCUAUAGUGGGCGGAGUGGACUGUAGUCAUGGCAAUCUGCCUAUAUUUGUCAAAUCUGUUGUCCCUGAUACCCCUGCUGCCAAAGAUGGACGUCUUAAAUGUGGCGACAUUCUGUUAUCAGUUAAUGAGCACAACUUGCGGGUCAUCAACCAUGCAGCAGCUGUUGAAAUCCUCAAGCACAUCGAUGGUGUGGUCAAUCUUUCUGUUGUAUCCUGGCCUGGCACUGUUGUAUGAUGUGGCACACAGGUCAAAAGAUGGACAGCUGUUUUGUAUCUCAUUAUGUAAAUAUUUAUACAGACACUUACAGAAUCUUAUCUGUAACAGCUUCACAACGUUAGUCAGCCUUUAUUGACUUGUUAACAGACCUGUCUUGGUGUUAACUUGUUGAACAUAAUUUAUUUUGUUUUUGUAUUCAUAAUUUAAGCUACCUGUAUUUAAACAAAUACUGAAUGUUCAUUUGUUGUUGUUUUUUUGUUUGUUUUUUUUUACUUCAAUUCUAAAUUAUUGAACCAAUGAAAUAGUUUUUAUAUGAAAAUUAUAAAUUUUGCAUAAAACAUGUGGCACAUUUAUCAGUUGACAUUUUAUUUAUGAUGUACAGCUAGUGGUUACUGAUUUUGGUUGAUAUGUAUGAUGAUUAACGCACCAGGGAUACUCUCGUACAUCUGCCUUUCACACAGUAGAGUCGCAACAUGGUGGAUCGCAGAGUGUAAACAAUUAUCACUGAAGUCUACAGACAUCUCUUUCAAUUUGAGCUGUUUAGUGUGUUUAAUGCCUCCACCAUGUUAUAUAUGUAAGCCCUGCAGUAUUACAAGUCUGUUUCUCUAGUCAUAGUAGUGCUCAGUCUGGUCAAGUCUGACUUAGCUUUCAUUGUAUGCUGCAUGGUUGGCGUAGAAAAUAUAACAUGGGAAUACAUGCAGUUGUCCAAUUUUUGAGCAAAAAAAAACAUUCAAUUUUCCCAUUAUCAUGAAUUAAACUCAGCUCAAGUUUCUGGCAAUAUUUAAGUCAAAAUAAAUCUAGUGUUAUGACAUAAAAAAAUAGCUAUGUAGAAAUUUUGGUUGCAAUUAAAUAAAAAUUAUUAUUUAACUUAAAAGUUCAAUUUUACCUGUGCAGUCUAAAUAUGGUUGUCUUCUAGUCUAAACCAAAAAAAAACAGCAUUCUGAUAGAAAAGUUCAUGCUUAAAGUAGAAAAAAAAAAUCUUUCAUUAUUCAUUAUUCUUGACUAAUGUUUUUCUCAGGACAUUCAUUACAAAGGAAGUUUCAAAUAUCACCCUGCUUAACAUCUUGUCAAUAAUGUCACAGCAUAAUUAAUGCAGAAGUUAUCAUUUGAUUGAAAAGCAUUUCUGUUUUUUUUUUUUUUACAGAGAUAUGUUUGACUUCAAUUGACAAAUGUUACUGACACAUUGUCUUCAUUCCUGUUGUUCACAUCAGUUAUUGCAGUUCCCUUGUAGAUGUUUUGAUGUUUCUCUUAUCUGGUUCCACAUCACAUCAUCAGCAGUCUCAGUUGGCUUUAGGCAUGUUGUGCAUCUCAUUGGCUGUCACUUAGCCCAACUCUGCCAGUCAUAGUUCUCCGUAAUCACCAUUUAUACCACAUAACCAUCCAAUCUUCAAUCAUUCCUUGUAUCAUAUAAUCAUCCAAUUACCAGUCUCUUUGUACCAUAUAAUCAUCCAAUCUCCAGUCAUUCUUUUCACCAAUAAUCAUCCAAUCUCCAGUCAUUCUUUUCACCAAUAAUCAUCCAAUCUCCAGUCAUUCUUUUCACCAAUAAUCAUCCAAUCUUCAAUUGUUUGUUGCACAUCCAAAUUGUUACUAACAUCAGUCCACUUGACUCCACUCUAUGAGACAUAACAAACUUUGUUACUGAGAACCUGUUUAACUUUUAUCCGAACCACAAUUCACCCAGUGUUUUUCAGAAAUGUCUAGCUUGUCAUUGUACAAACCUUACAACUCCAUAGUCAAUGAUGGACAUCUACUGCAUCUUUAUCUUUGAUAUUUUUAUUUACACUCUUGAGUUGUUAUAUGUAAUUUUUUUUUUUUUUUUUGGAUGUUCACAUUUGUACAAAAAUAUUUUUGAUACUAGAAACACAUGUCCCUCUGUAUCUAGUGAUUAUGAACAGAAGAUGAAGAAAUAGAUAGGACAGCAUGUUGAUCACAGUAAUUAUGUUUUGUCAGCUAUUUUUUUUUACCUGUAAAUAUUUGAAAUGUAUAAAUAUUGAGAGAGUCAUAACUUCACCUUAAUUGAAUUCAUUUGUUGUAGAAGAACUCUAUGCUAUUGAACAAAAAUAUUUAGAACAAUAACUAGCACAGUGUUAUUGUGUGCAUCAACUAGUCUCUUGUGUGCUCAAUACCAUUUUGCUUUCUCAAUUGAGUUUAUACAUUUACUUUGGAAUUAACAUUUUUAAAAAGGUAUUUUUGAAUAGAAAACAACAAACUAAUUUUUUUUAUUUUGACCCAACUUGAUCAUCCUUUUUGUCAGAGUCAGAAUACUCCUCAGCCAAACAGGCAAAUAGUUUGACAAAUCUUCACCUACUCAGUGGUGCCUCUUGUACCUUAUUUGAGGCUGUACUAGCAGAUCAAGGCAGGACUGUUAUUCAGGCAGUUCAUAAGUUGUAAAUACAAAGUUUCUUGCUGUUUCUCUAAUUCUGUUGGCAGUUGUUGAAGUCCUCUUUGAAAGCCAUGAACCAUUUUGUAAUUCCAGUCACACUCAAGGUUGUGACAUUGUAUAUAGGAAGCUUUAUCCAAAGCAGUUGUUUGUUUUUCUUACCAUUUCUAUGUGUAUCCCAUGUGUGUGUGUCUGUACAGCAUACAUGGACUCUAGUGUACACAUUCUGUAAAUAAAGCCUUUAAACAAUGGUACACAGUAUGCUUGUCAGUUUACACAUUUCUUGUCAGCAGAUUUUUUUGUCACCUUUUUUUGUUGGCUGUCAGUUUAUGUCAGGAAAUAGUGAGGACAAGAUUCUAGCAACUACACUUGAAAACAAACAUUAGUUCAUCUAAUUCAGUGAUGCCCAAUAUACGGCUCAUGGGCCAGAUCCGGCCUGCAAUGUGGUUCCAUCCAGCCCACCGAAAUGUCGGCACAAAGUGUGGAAAAUCCGCUUAAACCAGCCACCCACCUCAAAGAAAAGGUUGAAAAAUGUCUCGUUACCUAUGUUAGGGCCCUCAAUUUUUCUCCGAUUGAUUGGUACCAUGACUAACAUUUGUGCGUUUAUGAGAUUGGACUCUUAAUGUAGAAUUUAUAAAAAUAAAAACAGAAAGGACCUUAUCUUUUUGUCAGAACCUGAUAAUAAGCCAAUAUAUUAGAGUUGUAAAUAAAUGUGGCUGUUUUAAAAAAAAAAGAAAAGCAAUCAUAAAACAAAUUUGACGUCAUUCAAAUAAAAAGAUAGUUAAACUAUGUCUAGUAAUUGGAA